AUGGCGACCCGAUUCCUCAAAUUCCACCAAUUCGAUCUCCAACUAGCUCUACAGCUAGACAACGAUGGCCGAAUGGAGGUGGAAAGUUCCUUCUGCAAUUAUCCAUCUUGGAUCCACAUCAACGAUAAGAAGAUCCGGAGUAGGAUUUGGAGGUCGGCGAGCAUUACAGAUCAGGGGUGGGGAGAUGAAACAGUAUACCAGAUAGGGACAGCGCCAAUAGGCGCUUUGCAGACCAUACCAUUAAUCCCGGAAGCGAACAGGAAUACUUAUGGGGAAGAGGAUAGAGGUGAAAAGCAGCGGGGGGGUACCGUUGCAUUCUACCCUGUCCCCGAUACAGCCAGACCAAUAUCGUGGUUGCAGGGGAUUACAACCGGCAUGAGCUCCGCGAAGAUUAGAUCAUCUUCAUUGAAAGAAUUUGGGGCUAUAUUGGAUGACUCUAAUAGCAUGCUAGGGAUUGCACCGCUGCAGCACCAGAGUCAGCAGCCAGUUGUACACUUUCACUCGGUCAUUCUUGAAGCCUAUGUCCCAGCUAAGUAUGUAUAUGUGGCCAUCCCUUCCCUUCUUCCCCUCAUCCUCUCUCCUACUAUCAAAAUUCUCACUACUGUGCACAUUUCCCGAUAUCACGAGCCAGGAUUUCGAUGGGUGGUCAUCGUUCCCCUACACGUCGCCGGAGUAAAAGGAGUGCAGAAUGAGAGCUAUCAGGAUGAUGCUUACAAUGGUGGCUCUGAAGACGACCAGGAUGAUGAUAGCGUCUAUGAUGGCGGUGCUUACGAUGGCAGCGACGGUGCUUACGGUGGCAGCCGCCGUGCCUACGAUGGCAACAACAGUGCCUACGAUGACAGCAACGGAGCCAAUGAUCAAACUGUACAAAAUCCCUUCCGAGACAGUAUAAUCAACCCCUAUCUCCCAGGAUACAUUCCACCCAACCCCGUCACUCAACGUUCUGCCUCCCAACGUUCUGCCUCCCAACGUUCUGCCUCCCAACGUUCUGCCUCCCAACGUUCUGCCUCUCAACGUUCUGGCCCGCGACGUCCUGCCCCGCAACUUCCUGCCCCCUGCAUUCUCAAGUCAAGAUAUACGGGGGAACCUCCUGCUCCUCUGAAGACUGCAGGGAUACAUUUUUUCCAAAACGAGGUAGAUGGUCGCUUCACAUACCAGACCACGGCUGGUGCAUUCAGCUGCUCACAUCAAGCAGAGGGUGAGCCCAAUCGCUACAGUGAUAGCUCCUGUGCCCUCGCUUGUUACCUCAACCUUGUCUAUGUCCAUGUCCUGGGUGGCUUUGUGUACCUGAAAGAACAUCGCAUGUUUGGCAGGGCAGAACUUGAGUCGAGGCUUUUAGGCAUAUGGGUGAUUAAGAGGAGGGAAAAUAAGGUUCAAAUAGUCGAGGACCUUCUGGCGCAUAUCGAUACUGCAUUCCCGACACUGCUCACCAAUUUUGACUCGAUUUUUCGCGGUUCUGUCGACAUUCGGCUCAUUAAAAAGAUUCCCUAUCUUCCUGAUCCAAAAAAGACCGCUUGCUGCCCUUUCUGUUCUUUGUAUUUCACGACGGGUACUAGUAUAAACAAGCACCUCCGAAGUGGCGACAAGCAAUGCCCCUUAUCCGAUGAAUCGAGAUCUCGGAGAGAUGCACUUGAGCAACAAUGGACCCAGUCUUUAUCCAAAGAACCGGCCAAUAUGCGGUAUGCUGUCCGCUUUGUGGAUGCUUAUGAUCCAGCUUUAGACACGGAUGAUCCAGUUCCUACACAGACUACCUACAAGCCAAAGCUUGAGCCGCUUCAACGGCCGCUGUAUUAUCCAGAUACCUGGUGGAGGUUUCUUGCUGAAAUCAACUUUCGUCCACUGCUCCCCAUAGAGCAGCAGUUGCUUGGUGAAGGACUUGCCCCUGGUAUACUGUUCGACCUUGUCCGUUUGCCUUCAGUAGCCAUCAAAAGCUAUGCUGAGGGAACACGCGAGAGCAAGCUGGAGAAGAUGCUUUCGUUGUGUCACUUAUUUUUCAAAUUGUACCUCAUGGAGGCUGCUGCAAAGGUACCCUCUACUUUUGGCUUUUCAAAAAUGCUGAAAAAAUACUCUGGCCUGAACUAUAAGGGUGGCUUCCGUAGAUCUGAUACAUAUGCUAAGUACGGAGGCGCAGGGACCAAUAUCAUCUGUUUCCUGCUGAGAUAUUUUGAGAUGAAGAGGAAGAAGAAGCUUCCUGCUCUCCUCCGUAUUUCGCUAGGAAUGGAGCUUCUCGAAGCAGUUAAACGUCUCUAUCUGGAGUCCCAGAAAGAUUCCGAGCCUUCAGUAUCAGAACUAGCCCCUUUGCUCCAUGCAAUUCUGGUUUGCUUUGUGCGUACCCACGACCCGCUGGAUUCAGACAAGCUGACACUGCUGGAAUACAUCCUUCUUUGCCUCACCAUACGCGAGGAUACAAAGGCUGGCGAAGAUGGUCAGUGCAUAUACGAAGCCGUAGUCUUCACCAGGAAGCUAUCACACUAUGCUCGGCUAAUCUCUGCGACUGUUCUCCAAGCAAUGGUCGCUGGGGGAUGGGAGGAGCAAUAUCACCUCCCUAGCCCUGAGGAUGCUGCAAUUUCCGAUGCAGAACUGGAUCAUAUAGAUGAUUCCGAUUCCGACUCCUCAAGUACUGAUUCUGACUCCUUAGACCUCGAGAAUGAUUUUGAUCUAGAAGAUUUAGUGGAAAUUACAAAAUUCACUCCUGAGCAAGUUACCCUUGGAGAGCGACUGGAUAAGGCCCUUCGGGAGUAUGUUUCCAAGGAUUCUACCAAGAAGAACACCUUCCGUGUUUUGAUUAGCCUUUGGGCCCGCGCUGAUGGAUAUUCGCGAUCUGCUAAAGGCAAAAAAAGUUUUCGUCCUGAUGCAAGCAACCUCGGAUUCACUUUUAUUCCUACACCGACAUCCGAAAUACAUUGCGACCUCGCAAUCUUUCCCCAAAACCAUGAAUUGCAGCUAAAGGGGUUGCGGACGAGCUUCGCACGUUUGAUCCCAGCAUCGCUUGCUUCAUACUUUCAAGAAAAUUUCAGAACGACAGACCUGGUGGACGAUCCAGCUAGCCCAGUAUCAAUCUUUGACCAGCCUAGAAAUGCCCCGUACUUUGACGGUCUGAUUGCGACGCUUACAAAUGCACUAGAACAGUCUAAAGGGCCAGAUCGAACACUUGCACGACGUGGGCAGCUUUCUUCCGAUAGGGUCUGGUCAUGGAUAGAAGAUCUGGCCGAAUUCCAGAAGUACCUUGCUGGUGGAAUUAUACCAACGAUGGGGGUAUGCCCCCGAGCAGAGCAAAUUGCUGCUCUCACCUACGCCACUGUGGGCACCACUCUUCGAUCAUUAAAAAUAUACCAGCCUCACGUUUUAAUCUGCAACCCAAUUGCCAAGCAGGACAGUGUGAAGCAGUAUGAGUGCUUCUUUGCACUCCCACCCGAUAUGGCAUGGUACCUGAUUCUAUAUCUUGGCGUUCUUCGUAAGGUGGUCAUACAUCUCCUCGAGUCUCCUGUGAUACGCCAUGCUGGACCUGUCGAAGAUUUCAAACACUAUAUUUUUGUGAUUCUCACCAAAGGUAGAUUAAAUGCGAUUCCAAACACCUAUCAGUGGACAGCUACAGAUGUCAAUAUCUGCUUGAAGGGGACACUUCUGAGGCUCGAUGCCAAUUCACUUCGACAUGUAACAACUGGAGUAAUCCGGCACUGGUAUCCUGAACUUGGUGAAGCCCGUGAGCGGCUGAACGAUUCUACCCUGAUGUCGCCAGUUGAUAGGCAGGGUCAACAUUCAGGUAGAGUUUCUAGAAAUUUCUAUGCCCGCACCAUCUACAUGACCGGGACCGGUUUCAACACCUCCGAAUUCUUUUCCCAGAUACGUGUCAGCAUGGCUCUCCAGCGGCUAGAUCAAAUCAUUCGCAAUGGUGGAAGAAAUGUUGUUCCAACAGCUAUUGAUAUUUCUGAUGCUUGGACAAGAAAUGGUGAACAUGCGAUGAAUACGGCUCGAGAAUUCGUUAUGUCGCCAGCGGGCUACAAUAUAGUUUCCGGAAAUACUGAUGCUAUAGAAAGCAGCUUUAAGAAGCUAAAUAGACUGAGGCCCUUCCUUUGGGGCCCAGAUGUUCGACUAUCUUCGGGGAACACACCUUUACAGUGGAAAACUCUAGGCGAUGAAGCUCUUUUGACAGUUUGUGCUGCACUAGCCUGCAGCUAUAUUUUCCAAGGCGGGGCAGCGCAGCCUUUAGAAGUGGAAGUUGACCCGAAGUUCGUAGCACAUGGGGUAUACCUUGUUAACUGUGCAGUCGAUGAAUGGCGCAAGGGUUCAUUUCAAGCCUGCGGCUGGAAUAUCGAUCCUAAUCGGGAAGUAAGGGUAUCGGAAAUCGAAAACGCUAUCAUUCACUUCAGGCGUGAUCAACCAGAAGAAUGGAUCACAUUCCGAGGGAAAGUUGGCCACUCAAUUCUCAGCUCAAUUGGUCGGCCCCCUCCACAGUUUAGUAAGAUGCCAUUCUUUGCCCCGGGCGUGUUUUCUGCUCCUGCUCCUCCCUCUGAUAUCCAGGGCGAAGAUAUUCCACUACAGGAUGUCCCGUUGGACACCAUUGUCACGUCAGAAAAGGGAAAAGGCAGGGAGAUCGAAGAUGACGUGCAGUCCCCAUAUACUGAUGUAGAGACGGAGAUUGAAGAUGGCGUUCAGUCCCCACUAUUUACUGAUAUAGAAACGGCAAUAGAGGAUGGGGGCGCUGGGACACAAAGCAAGAAGACGAAGGAGGUAGAAAAACAGAACAGGAGGGAGGAAAAGAAGAGGAGUAAACAAGGGGCUGAUCAUUUACUAGUUCCAGGAGGUAGCAAAGGGGUCUGGGGUCAGAAGCGGAAGCGACAGUCAAAAGAUGAUAAUUCAUUGAAGAAGAGUAGAGAUUCGACCUCAUCUGAUUGA